AGUCCAGCUGAAUGUGGGUGUUUUGUGGAACUGCUGUCCGGAUAUUCACUCUGAUCACGGACAGAGUGCUAACGGUUAGCAUUCGCGGUCUAAAAUUAUCGAUACGUAGCUGCCUUUUUUCGAAGUUCCUUUUAAAGAAUUCCUGGGUUAUAUAAUCCGUGAAACUAACGACCUGAAAGUUUGCCUUCUGUGUGAAAAGAAAGUAAGCUUUUCGGUUGGCAUCGGCAGGUAGUAUUUGCUGGCACGCUUUUAAACACAAAGCUUAAUAGUACCGUGUCCGCCAGAUCUGUUCGUUCGCGUCUGUUGAUAUAGUAGAUGAAUAUAGUGUUUUUAUAGUAGAUGAAUAGAAGCUGAGCGUUAAGCACCGCGUCUCUGGCACGAUCAUGACGCUUCAGGUAGGGUGCCUGUCUUUUCGGCAGCCCUACGCAGGCUUGGUGUUGAAUGGCGUAAAGACCAUUGAAACGCGAUGGCGGCCUCUGCUGUCGGGGCUGAAUAAUUGCACCCUAGCGGUUCAUAUCGCGCAGAAGGACUGGGAGGGAGACGAAUGGAGAGAUGUGCUCAGGGACUCCAUCGGCAUGAGCGAGCGGCAGAUAGAAGAGCUCCUAGUGUCCGGCGAAAGGUUUGGCCGUGGAGUGGUGGCAGGAUUGGUGGAAGUCGGGGAGACCUGGGUGUGCCCUAAUGAUGUAUCCAGGGAGGAGCUUAGGCAGCUGGAAAAGGCGGCUGUGCUGAUUGGACUGGAAGAAAAGCACCUGACUCAACUGUCCAAUCCACGAUGGCUGAGAGAGCCGCUGUAUACCCGGGGCCACAAAGACAUUUGGACGGUGGACAUUCCGCUGCAUCUCCUGUCAGACUGAAGC